UGUUUGCAACAAUCACCAUACGCGCCACUCAGUGCCUUCGUUCAGUUACCUCCUUGCCACCGGAAUCAUGUCAGAACAGAGAAUCCUUUGCUUUCGGGAGACCUUACGCGACGUCUUCGAGAAAAGGCAGAUGAGGCUCCCAACAUACGAGCCGUGCAAGCAGGACGUUUCCCACGACUGGCGCGACUUCGUUCGCUCGCUCGAUAUCUCAAGCUACCACCAAUUCCCAAUGACGAUGAUCGACACCUUUCGCGCAUAUGACGCGAAUGAGUGUCUUCGCGCGCGACUCCAGCAAAUAUUCAGCGAAGGAAAGCACACCUUAUUACAGAAUGCUUCUGGGAGCGGGAAGACAAGCCUCUUGUUCGAAGGUCUCCGGCAUCAUUGGGGGCUCUACUUCGUGGGAGCUGUGGAUAGUUGGGCGAUCGGCUCGUGCGACAUACAGAAACUCGUCAAAUUCCUCGCGGAUGAAAGGGCCGAUAACACUCCACAAGGCCUCGGACGCCGUCUGGAGGCGCUCAGGAUUCCCUUGCUGGUGCGGCUCAUGGCGUUUGAGGCGUUCGCUCAGAUCAUCGACGUCUCGCGCACUACUGCGGAGCAUCGCCAGUUCUGGCUACUCGUACAAGGAUGCGGUCAGCACUAUUUCGAUCUCGGCGAUGAGUUCGCGCUCCUCUCGAUCAAGCUCUACUCGGAGAGGAAACUAGACAUCGAUGCGGAGAUCAACAAAGCGAUGAUUCGGAUCCGUGCGCUGACGAAGGACCCCAAUUUCCACUUCUUCUGCGUCGUCGAUGAAGCGCAGGCCCUUGCGUACGAAGUGACUCCCUCAGGGACGAACGCGCCCGUGCCCUUUUCUCCCCAUCGCGACCUGACGCAGUCUUGGGAGAAUUAUGGCUGGCUUACUCUCGUCAUGUCCGGGACAAUCGUACCGUACAAAUACUAUCGUGGCGCCGGGUAUCGCAUAACAUCCGCCACUGGAUCGUAUAAUGCAUCCGAGGCCGCCGCAUACGUGCAAACCUUCCUGCCCCCGACUCUCGCGUCGUCGGAAUCCGGAAAGUUGCUGCUACGGCGUGCCAGCGCUUGGGUCCAUGGAAGGCAUCGGUUCGCCGGCGCAUUCGUCAGGCUCGCUCUGGAGAAUGGUUUAGACGCACCGCACAGCCUCUUCGACAGCUUCGUGUCGACUAUGGCAGGAUUCAAGCCAUUCGAGGCUCGAUGUCUGGUUGAACAGGAGGCCGCUCCAACCGACGUCGCGCGCAUGGCUUUCAAUCCGCUUAACAUACUCCAAGCCCAUACGAAUGAGAUCGUCCGCCGCGCUGUCCAUCACGUCGUCUUUAAGUAUCUUGCGACGGGAACAUGCACGCGCGUAUUCAAUAUGGACUACGUUGCGCUCGUCGAGAGAGCGGCAGGUCGCUUCUGCGACGACGCUGCCUCGCAAAUCGUAGUCGACGAACCCCUGUGCAUCGUUUCCGCUGCCAGAUGGCUAUGCAAGGCGGACGUCGGCGACAUCUUCAGCAUGGAUCUCAUAUGGAACGGCAGCGAUCCCUCGCUCUCAAGUAUUCGCGAGCACGUCUCCUUGCUAUUGGCGCACGCGCUCAGCGACCCACGUCCGCUCAGCGACUUGGUAGAUCAUACCGGCCCCGCUCGUCUUUGGACCAGAGGCGCGGUCGAGCUGGUCGAGCUGCACCGCUCUCUCGACGGCGCGUCCUGCGUCUUUUACCCAUUCAGAUAUCAGCACAUAUCGUCCACGCGUCCUAUCACCCUCGCCACCGACUGCACGACCUACGUUGAUGUUCUGGCAUGGCUGACCCACGAACGCACCUCGCCCUUCUGUCUCUUGCCAGAUCGAAGGAGUCUGCUGUUCGCGCUGAAGCUUUCUGGUGGAUCUUUUUGCUGGGCAUUGGCGCAGACGAUGUCGAAGGUCACGGGCGACUUGUCGCAAUGCUUCCAUCCUCCGAACGAUAGCGAAAAAGACGCGUCGCACGCCAUAGCGCUGCUAUCGCAGAUCCCCGUCCCGUGCAAGACGCUCGGGUCGCCGCCAAUCCUUCGGAUAGCGAUCUCGCCGACGACGGACGCUGUGGCCUCCGAAGUACCGAUUAUGGACAAGUCGAGGCUGGAGUCGCUGGCCGCCGCCAUCAACCUGCAAGAUGUGCUGCACCGCAUCGUGGCCAACGUCGUGCGGAUCGCCGAACCUCACGCACCGGCGGCCAGCGAGCUCGUCAGCCCAGGGGCCCCGCUAAGCCCUCCGACGACGCCCGAGCGAAAAGCAGUACGUCCGAGACGAUCCAGGGAGAAAGCUCCGAAGACGAACGAACAAACGCGGUAUAACCUUCGUCCUCGACAGAAGGAUAUUCCUACGGGCCCCAUUACGCGUAGCAAGCAGGCGAAAGCAACAACGGAGAGACGAUGUAAAUCUCUCGUUCGACUGGGGAAGCGCUCUUACACAGACAACGACGGUGUGGGCGCUCAGACACGGCCCAAACGACCACGGACUGUCGCAUAACACCUUCCAUCGGCUCUUUGUAUCAUAUUUAUAUGUAUUUAAGUACCAGGAUCGAUACUGUACAUGUCUCCGUAUUGUAGAUAUUUGGUCAGAGGCCUGAAUGGCAAGUCAAGCCUGCAUUUGCGCAUUGUCACAUGGUUUCACGAUGGCAUGGUGUAAAUCCUCUUCGUACAGAACAUAAAGUCG